GUUUGUUUAGCUACAUCAGUGUUUAUUCUCAAGAAGCUGUCUUUUUCUUUUAAAAAACCCAAAUAGAAAAACCUUAACUCUUUGACAAUGGCUUUUACCAAGGGUCCUUCCUACGGGUUAUCAGCGGAAGUCAAAAACAAGAUCGCCCUAAAGUACGACAGUCAGAAAGAGGAGGAGCUGAGGGUCUGGAUCGAAGACGUCACCGGCGCGUCCAUCGGCCCCGACUUCCAAAAAGGCCUGAAGAAUGGAGUCAUUCUGUGCGACCUCAUCAACAAACUUGCCCCAGGCUCUGUGAAAAAGGUCAACCAGUCAGCGCUGAACUGGCAUCAGUUGGAGAACCUGACAAACUUCAUCAAGGCCACCACAGCCUAUGGCCUGAAGCCUCAUGAUCUCUUUGAGGCCAACGACCUGUUUGAGAACGGCAACAUGACGCAGGUCCAGACGACGCUGCUUGCACUCGCUAGCAUGGCCAAAACCAAGGGCUGCCAUCCACGGGUGGACAUUGGAGUGAAGUACGCUGACAAGCAGGAGAGGAUGUUUGAUGAUGAGAAGAUGAAGGCUGGACAGUGCGUCAUUGGCCUACAGAUGGGGACCAACAAGUGCGCCAGUCAGAGUGGUAUGAACGCAUACGGCACCAGGAGGCACUUGUAUGACCCCAAAGUUCAAAUCCAGCCCCCAAUGGACAACACAACCAUCAGUCUGCAAAUGGGAACCAACAAGGGAGCGAGCCAGGCUGGGAUGACAGCUCCAGGGACAAGGCGUGCCAUUUACGACCAGAAGCUGGGCACAGACAAGUGUGACAACAGCACCAUGUCCCUACAGAUGGGCUACAGCCAAGGAGCCACCCAGAAAGGCCAGAACUUUGGCCUGGGACGGCAGAUCUACGACGCCAAGUACUGUCCUAAAGCCGGAGAGGUUGCUGAUGAUCAAAAUGGGGCAGGCAUCGCCCGUGACUUCCCAGAUUUCCACGAUGAGGGUUACCAAGGUUACCAGGAAGAAGAGCAGGUGUAUCAAGACGAUGGGACAGAUUACUAGAAGGAAGGAGGGAGCUGAGGAAGGGAAAGAGAGAUGGUCUAAAGGAGGCUUGUUCUGCAGAAAGAAACUCCUUAAAGGUGCUCUAAGCAAUGUCACGUGUGGUUUUUCUUUUUUUGGGCUAGAACAUUUGUUGUCACAUACAGAAAACCUCUCACUAUCCACUAGCUGCCUGUCCCCAGAACACACUGUUAUAAAAACAAAAAAAACAACGCGGACUCUGUAGACAGCCCAGGGUCUACAAACAGCAACAAACAACCUGUGCCAACCUGCACCACAGAGCAUACAGUGUUCCAGCCAAUAACCGACAAGAAGGAUGAGGGGGGGGGGUGCGUGGAAGUGGAGAAGGGAGGGGCAAGCUAGUCUGGUUUUAUUUGAAAAUACUUCUAUCGUCAACAAGACGUAACAUCACCCAACAUCUCUUAGAGCACCUUAAAGGCUUAUUUUUAUAUCCACAUGAUGUUGCAGCUUUUUGUUUUGGUCAUAUUCUUUUUAGUAUUGUAUGAAAUUUGUUUUCUUAGCCCUAUUUGUGCAAAACCAACGUUAGACAUAUCAUGAUGAACUGCAUUCCUGUGAUUUUUUUUCUUUCUUUUUUUUUCUUUUGUAUUUAAAAAAAAAAAAAAAAAGCCAAUCUAUUUGGCUAAGUUAAUGUUUUUUUUAAAUGUGCCAAAGCCCUACUAGUCUCUUUUGUCAGUGUUUUUCUGACUCGUUACAUUAAGGAAGGUUCCUAUUUUUUUUAUUUUAUUUUUGUAACGGCAACAUGAAAUUGAAAAGUGAAACCUUAGGGAGCUUAUAAGACAUUUUUAAAAAACUUUUAUUUUUUUUAAACUAUUCUCUGUAUUGCUGAAUCCUCUGUAUAAACAACGUGAUUCCUGUGUGUGUGUGUGUGUGUGUGUGUUACUUUGGUAUCUCCUUCAUCCCCUCAGUAUUGGUCAGUAACAGACAAUAGUAACACUUUUGGUUGUUUGGACAAAUGACAUUUUUAGAACAACUAGUCGUACCUUUUCAUAUUCUGCCUUUUUUUUCAUUCAUUUCACUUUCUUUUUUAAGAGAAAAUAUUUCUUUUAUGUGCAUUACAGUCCAACCAGCGUAAAGCUUGUUUUGUUUGGAGUAAAGAUGGUGGGGGAGUGGACUCAAUAAUUACAUUUUAACAUUCCAAGCAAGAAUACUGGACUCCUUUUUAUUGUCAAUGUGUUGAUCAGUUUAAAAUAUUGAUUGAUAUGCAAUUAUAUUUGAUCAUUCCAAGAUUAUUUAUGCAUAGUUGUGAUUUGAAUGGGGAUUGUUUUGUACCUGACUGAAUAACAUUUGGUAUUGACUAUAUUUUUUUUCUUGUGGUAUAAUCUUUAUGCCAGUGGACUUGUUUUUUUUUUUAUAACUGUUUUUGUGAAUACAGUGUAAUAAAGAUGUGUAUUCCU